CAUUCGCCCUAGGACUCUCUUCCAGCGGUGAGCCCUGGUUUUUGUCCUACCCCUAGGGAAAAGGGAGCAGGGGGCGGGCCAGAGCCUGAACUCAGGUGAACUAGCAGCCCUGCCCCGUCCCUCCCCGCGGUGCACGCUGGGAAUUGUGGUCCACGAACGAGACGGCAGGCGGGGAGGUCUGGGUCGUUGGUGGCCGGAGUUGGGUCGGAGCGGCUGCGGCCCGGGCUCGAGCUGCUGCUUGUCGGGGAUGGCGGCAGGAUUCGGCCCGGCCUGGGCCCGGCUGCUCUGGUUCCUCGGGCUGCUGGGGCUGGUGUCUGCCGCCUGGAACCUGGGCUCGCUGAGAUGCGGUUUCGGCGCCUUCUGCGAGUGUGACUUCCGACCCGAUCUCCGGGGCCUAGAGUGUGAUUUGGCCCAGCACUUGGCCGGGCAGCAUCUGGUAAAACAACUGGUGAUGAAGGGACUGAAGGCUUUUGUAGAGAAUCCUGCACCAGCCAAGCCCCUAGUGAUGUCCUUCCACGGCUGGACUGGCACAGGCAAAUCCUACGUCAGCUCCAUGCUGGUCCAGUACCUGUUCCGGGGCGGGAUGGCCAGUCCCCACGUGCAUCACUUUUCUCCUGUCAUCCACUUCCCCCACGCAGACCAGUUGGAGCGCUACCAGAGUGACCUGAAGCAGUGGAUCUUGGGGAACCUCACAGCUUGUGGCCGUUCCCUCUUCCUCUUUGAUGAGGUGGACAAGAUGCACCCAGGGCUGUUAGGAGUGCUCCGUCCCUUCCUGGGACCCUCAUGGGUAGUCUAUGGUACCAACUACCGAAAAGCCAUCUUCAUCUUCCUCAGCAAUGCUGGCGGGGAGCAAAUCAAUCAGCUAGCACUGGAUGCCUGGCAUGCCCGCAAAGACCGAGAGGAGCUCCAGCUUCAGGAUCUAGAACCUGCCAUCUCCAAGGCCAUCGUGAACAACCCCCAGCAUGGUUUCUGGCAGUCGGGAAUUGUAGAAGACCAGCUCUUGGACUUGCUGGUCCCCUUCCUGCCCCUCCAGCGUCACCAUGUGCGGCACUGUGUGACCAACGAACUGGCCCAGCUGGGCUUGGCCCAGCAGCAGGAGGAGGAAGUGGUCCGGGCUGUACUGGAUGGCACUACCUUUUUCCCUGAAGAGGAACGACUUUUUUCUUCCAACGGAUGCAAGACUGUUGCUUCCCGAAUCACCUUCUUCCUUUGAGUGGGCUCUGCCCCUGCUGACCUGCUCGUGAUUAUCAAGGGACUGUGCCUGGGAGCUUUGGUCCCGACUUGCUGCUGGCACAAUGGCCUUUGCCCCAGGCCUUCCGGAGAGGGUAAACAGGGCAGACCUGGAAGCCUGAGGAGCAGAGGGCUAAGGGCAGACAGGCAGUUCUAGUUUCUGCCACUUUGGGUACCUUCCUGACUGAUGGUGGCAGAGGUUUGGGGCAGGGGAAUAUUUGGAUGUUGCUCUGCUGGUUUGAGGACAUCGUGGCCUUGCUGGCCCUCCUGCCCCUCCCCAAACUCCACCUCCCCCCCACCCCCACCCCACCUUGUGCCCAAAGCUCCUGGCCAAACUACAGCUUCAUCUGAGCCAAGUCCAAUUCCCUUUCUCCCAACCCAGUUCUGAGCCUUAUUUCAAUUGAUGCUAUGAUUUAGUGACUCAGGGACCACAUCUGUCAGUCAUCUCCUCCACCCUUACAGAGGCCUGCGGGACCCCCUGCCAGGCUCAUGUGCUCCUCUCCAAGUCUCAACUUCCCCUUCUUAGACAGACACACAUACCCCUCUUCCCACCUUCUCCCAUUCUAGUCUCCCCAUUGACUGGGGGAACACCAGGAAGCCAGGGAACUUCAUAAGACCCAACCAUCUUCCCACCCCAGCAGGCACAAAGAUAGAGAUUCUGAGGCUGCCUCAGUCUAGCAAACUCUGUUCUCUAACAGAGCCUGCUUUUAAUGUUUUAAAUUUUGUAAUCAAGAAAAGGGGGGAGGAUACAAAAUAAAUCUAUUUAAUGGACCAA